GGCAUGAACAUCCUGCUCGUAGUUGUGGAUGACCUGCGCCCCGUUUUGGGCUGUUACGGAGACAAGAUUGUAAAAUCUCCAAAUAUUGAUCAACUCGCAUCUCAAAGCGUUGUGUUCAGCAAUGCUUAUGCACAGCAAGCCGUUUGUGCUCCAAGCAGAGUAUCAUUUCUUACUGGUCGCAGACCUGACACUACCCGACUGUAUGACUUCUACUCCUACUGGAGAGUGCAUGCAGGAAACUACUCGACGAUGCCUCAGUACUUCAAGGAGAAUGGAUAUGUGACCAUGUCUGUGGGAAAAGUUUUUCAUCCUGGGGUUUCAUCCAAUUACAGUGAUGACUACCCGUAUAGCUGGUCCAUUCCACCCUUUCAUCCUUCUGCUGAAAAGUAUGAGAAUGCUAAGACUUGUAGAGGAAAAGAUGGACAACUUCAUGCUAACUUGGUGUGUCCAGUGAAUGUGACAGAAAUGCCCAGUGGUACUCUGCCUGAUAUUCAAAGCACUGAAGAAGCCAUACGAUUACUGAGGGCCAUGAAGACUAAGAACCAGAAAUUCUUCUUGGCUGUUGGUUACCACAAACCACAUAUCCCAUUAAGGUACCCACAGGAAUUUCUCAAACUGUACCCCUUGGAAAACAUCACAUUAGCUCCUGAUCCCUGGGUGCCCAAGAGGCUACCUUCUGUGGCAUACAACCCGUGGAUGGAUAUCAGACAGAGGGACGAUGUGAAGGCAUUAAAUGUUAGUUUCCCCUAUGGACCACUUCCAGAGGACUUCCAGCGGCAGAUUCGCCAGAGCUAUUAUGCAGCGGUUUCUUACCUGGAUGUGCAAGUUGGCCUGCUCUUGAAUGCUCUGGAUGAUGCAGGGCUCUCAAACAGCACCAUCAUAGUCUUUACUGCUGAUCACGGAUGGUCCCUGGGAGAACAUGGUGAAUGGGCAAAAUACAGCAAUUUUGAUGUUGCUACCCGUGUGCCGCUGAUGUUUUAUGUACCAGGAAUGACCUCUUCCUCUGCUAGCCAAGGAGAGAAAGUCUUCCCCUACCUUGACCCGUUUAGCCAUGUUUCAGACUUGGUACUUCAAGGGCAAAGCAAAAAAAUGGUUGAGCUUGUGUCUCUUUUUUCAACUCUGGCCGAACUUGCUGGCCUGCAGGUUCCUCCUGCAUGCCCCAAGACUUCAUUUUCUGUUGCCCUGUGCACUGAGGGUACAAGCAUUGUCCGCUACUUUAAUUCCUCUGAAGAGAAGCUGCAGGAAGUAGACAAGGAUGGUUGUGAUGACACUUACAGAGGUUGUAAUGAAGAACCUGUUGCCUUCAGCCAGUAUCCUCGACCUGCAGACACUCCUCAGUGGAACUCUGACAAACCAAAGCUGAAAGACAUCAGAGUCAUGGGCUAUUCCAUGCGUACAGGUGACUACAGAUGUACUGUGUGGGUUGGGUUUAAUCCUAACAACUUUAGUGCCAACUUUGAGGAUGUCCAUGCAGGUGAGUUGUAUAUGGUGGAAAGUGAUCCAUACCAGGAUUAUAAUAUCUAUAACAAUACCUUACACAGUGGCCUUUUCAAAAAAAUUCUAGGCUUCCUGAAGCACUAG